GAGAGGGACUUGAGAGGGUUGCAUUUCACGAAGAUCCGAUGAAAGAUAGCAGGAUAUUGCAAUAAGAGGGCAAGAGAGAGAGGUGGGUGCAGAAUGACGCUGAUUCGGGGCUAUUGAUCUCUCCCUCCCCUCUAUAUGGGGUCAGUAGUUUGAUCAGAGAGCGCGCAGGAUCACACACAAGAGCCACACACGCGCUUUUGUAAAAUGAAACGGUGCAUAUAGAGCCAUCCAACAGGACACUCAUCACCAAUCCGAUCCCGUCUGUCUCUAACCUGAUGACGGGAAAUAAUAAGAUUAUCCAGCAGGACAGGAGAGCAACACGUUAUAUUUCGGGAGAAAAGUAACUGGUGUGGACUGACAGAUGAUGGUGCGCUCGAGAUCAACGGAUAUGACCAUGAAUCCGUUCAGAAUCUCCGUGCUGAUGGUGUUCCUCUUCGCAACUGUUCAAAUCUCGUGCCCAUCGCAGUUCCCCAGUCCGCUCAUGAUAAAAGAAUGGGUAGAUCAGCUGCAGCAGGAGCUGGUUUCUCUAGCAGACACAGCCAGCGCUGGGAAUAAUCUAAGACAGAUCUUUAUGGAUAAUCAGAAUUAUUUCACUUUGAAAACAAAUAAUGCGGCACAGCUUGUGGAAACAGCGGCACGGAAUAUAGAAGAUUUUUUGAAGAAGCGAGCCACAGCUCUAGAGACUUUGGCAACCGCAGCUGAGAAUUUCCAAAUGGAGCAUCAAUGGAAAGAUGAAUUUGAAGAAGAUGAUAUAGUUUACUAUAAUGCCAAGGAUAAUCUUGAAGCCAAUGAAACAGAAGGAAGAAAAAACCGGAUCAGACCUGAAUUUAAGGAAGACCCGUCAUUCAAAAACCGCCUCACCUCCUACAACCAUACAGCUGUGCAUAUCCCCACAGACAUAUAUGACGGCUCAACCAUUGUGUUAAAUGAGCUGAACUGGACUGAAGCAUUGGAGGAUGUCUUUAAGAAAAACCGAGAAGAGGAUCCAACGCUACUAUGGCAAGUGUUCGGCAGUGCUACUGGAUUAGCUCGCUAUUACCCAGCUUCCCCUUGGAUGGAUGCCAGGAAAACACCCAGUAAAAUCGACCUGUAUGAUGUGCGCCGGCGACCUUGGUAUGUUCAAGGUGCCGCUUCGCCCAAGGACAUGCUGAUUCUUGUUGAUGCGAGUGGAAGUGUGUCUGGACUGACCCUUAAAUUGAUCCGAACUUCUGUCAGUGAAAUGCUGGAGACACUUUCUGAUGAUGAUUAUGUCAAUGUUGUCCAUUUUAACACAAAAGUGAAUAACACAGCGUGUUUCGACCACCUGGUUCAAGCUAACGUUCGCAAUAAGAAGAUCUUAAAAGAUGCAGUGCAGAACAUCACAGCCAAGGGCAUCACCAACUAUACCAAAGGCUUCGAAUUUGCCUUCAGUCAGCUGUCAAAUCCAAACAUCACCAGAGCAAACUGCAACAAGAUCAUAAUGUUAUUUACUGAUGGGGGCGAGGAGAGGGCAGAGGAGGUCUUUAGCAGAUACAACAUUGACAAAAAGGUGCGUGUGUUCACAUUCUCUGUGGGUCAACACAACUAUGACACCGGGCCAAUAAAGUGGAUGGCCUGCGCUAAUAAAGGAUAUUUCUACGAAAUCCCAUCCAUUGGAGCCAUACGCAUAAACACACAGGAGUAUCUAGAUGUUAUGGGCAGGCCGAUGGUCCUUGCAGAUGCCAAACAGGUGCAGUGGACCAACGUGUACCUGGAUGCUCUGGAGUUGGGCCUAGUCGUCACUGGUACGCUACCUGUGUUCAACAAGACCAAAUCCAGGGAGGGCGGAUCUGGAAACCAGCAUCAGAACCAGUUGAUUUUAGGAGUGAUGGGGGUGGAUGUGUCUCUCGAUGAUAUUAAAAGACUGACGCCCCGCUUCACAAUUGGUCCUAAUGGAUAUUAUUUCGCAAUCGAUCCUAACGGUUACGUGCUGCUCCAUCCAAACUUGCAACCAAAGAACCCCAAAUUCCAGGAGCCUGUUACACUGGAUUUUCUGGAUGCAGAGCUGGAAAAUGAUAUUAAAGUCCAGAUACGGACUCUGAUGAUUGACAGAGACCCUGGGGAGAAAACAAUAGACACGCUUGUUAAAUCUCAGGAUGAGAGAUACAUUGAUCGAGGAAUCAGGACGUACACCUGGGCGCCGGUUAACGGGACAGACUACAGCCUGGCCUUGGUUUUGCCUGAAUACAGUCUGAAUUACAUCGAGGCAAACCUGGGGGACACUAUAAAACUAUCAAUGUCCUUUGAAACCAUGAAGCAGGAGAAAUUUGAGGAAUAUGGGUACACCUUUAUUGCACCCAGGGAAUACUGCAAGGACCUUAAAGUCUCAUCCAACAACACCCAAUUUUUGGUGGACUUCAAUGAGUACAUUGACAGGAAAACUUCAAAUCAUUCUCUGUGUAAUCUCACUCUUGUAAACCGGUUGCUGCUGGAUGCCUGUCUCACGGCAGACCUCGUCAAAGUCUGGAAGGAUCAGAAUGUAGAUGGAGUUUUGGCCCGGUUUGUGGCUACAGAUGGAGGCAUUACACGUGUGUAUCCUAAAAGUGCUGGGGAAGAAUGGGGUGAAAACUCUGAGACCUAUGACUCAAGUUUUUACAAAAGGAGUUUGGACAAUGACGUAUACAUCUUCACCGCCCCAUACAUCAACAAGAGCAGAGAGUCUGGUUUUGAGUCUGGUAUCCUUGUCAGUAAAGCAGUGGACUUGGACAUUAAUGGAGCAAAACUCAAACCUGCUGUGGUGGGAGUCAAACUCAACGUAACGGCCUGGAUGAACAGCUUCAUAAACGCUACCACCAAGAAAAAUUGCAAGGAUGAGAUCUGCGGGUGCCUCAGAAAUGAUAAGCAAGUGGACUGCGUGAUUCUGGAUGAUGGCGGCUUUCUGCUCAUGUCCAAUCAAGAUGAAUAUAUCACACAGAUAGGUCAGUUCUUUGGUGAAGUGGACCCUGUUCUGAUGAUUACUCUGGUCAACACCUCACUGUUCUCCUUUAAUAAAACCUACGAUUACCAAUCUGUCUGCGACCCGGAGAGAGAGACUAAAGCUGCUGCUGGACCCCGCUCUGUAUACGUGCCCACGAUCACGGAUAUGCUGACUGUAGGCUGGUGGGCCUCCACUGCGUUCUGGUCAGUUCUGCAGCAGCUACUUCUCAGUCUGACUCUCCCAAAUAUAGUGGGAACAGUGUACUCGGAGGAUGACCUCUCGGAUGCGUUCUCCAAAGAGAGCUGUAUCACCGAACAGACUCAGUAUUUCUUUGAGAAUGAGAACAAAUCUUUCUCUGGAGCUAUGGACUGUGGAAACUGCUCCAGAAUGUACCGGGCGGAGAAGCUUCCAAACACGAAUUUGGUAUUUUUGAUCUCUGACGCAAAGAGUUCCUGCCUCUCCUGCGAUCCCAAACCUCUGAGACAAGCCGAACAGCCCUCUACUGGUCCUGAUCCAUGUGUGCUGGCCCAGAACCCUCGGUACAGGAAAGGACCAGACGUCUGCUUUGACAACAACGCGGAUGAGGACGCGACCGACUGUGGUGGUGGCUGCAGUUUGAGUCCGUCUCUCUGGCCGAUGGUGGGUCUUCAGCUUCUUCUACUCUGGCUGCUUACUGGAACCAGAACCUAUUUGUCCUGACCAGAGCAAAUCUCCAGACUAGAAACAACUAAUGACUGAAUUGCUUAUUAUACAGACCACAACAUAACCACACAUCGACUAUAUGACCUACGAUUGUUUGUUAGUCAGCCCAUAACAAUACAACUUAUGCAGUUACAAACUCUACUGUAAAACUGACCCGAGGACUCAACUCACUGCCAAAUACUGCCCUCUCAGACCAACCUGAAACAGCAACACAGCCAGACACGAGAGACGUAUAUACUGUAUGCUUACUUUUUGACUUUGGAACACAGAACCACAUUAUGAUCACAGAAUGGUUCAUGUAAAAUGUUUAGUGCCAUAAACAGGCUAAUAUAAUCAGAGAUGGCUCACAGCACCAGCCUGGAUAUGAAGCAGGGUGUAAUGGGACAGGAAAGACUGUUCAGCUCUGGUUUCUGAAUUUCUCAUUAUGAAUUCAGCUCGAAAUCAGCUUUGCACCAGUAGUAGGUCAGUGAUGUCACACCCGAGCCCUUUAGGCCCUUCAUAGGGCUGUUUUUCUUGUUUUAUCUUAUUAUUAUUAUUUUUAUUUUUAUCUUGUAUGUGCAGUAUGGGAAAUUUCAUGAAGAAAUGUCAUUAUGUAUUAGAUUUCAGAAAUUUACAUUUUAAAAUAUUAUUUUGCAUUUCACAUUACAAAAAACAUUUUGGGAGAAAACAAAGUCACAAAAUCUUAGAUUUAGUAUAAAUGUUCUUCAUACAGAUUUUUUAUUAUUAUUAUUAUUAUUAUUAUUAUGAAUUAAAAAAAAUUGAGGUGACAUGAUCUGGACAUUUCUUUGCAGUUUUUGUGCGAUUCACCCUGUAUGAAUUUUAAUUUAUGCAAAUGUUAUCAUUAUUUUUGCUAGGUAUUUUGGGCUUAGCGUUCUUUUGUUGCUGAUUAUGAACCUAGAUCAUCUGAGGUAACUGUAAGCAUCUGAUAUAAACGUUAGAAAAAAGUGCCAUGUUGAAUGUCAUGAUUUGCUAAGGAAAAUUUCAUAUGCGAUCAAACUAUAUAUGAGUGCAUCAUCUGAUGUGAAAUGCAGACGACUCUAAAGUCUGAACAGUCUCCAAUUAGUAUAGCAAAGGCUUUUUUUGUUGUGUCAGAAGUCACACGCUUGCGUCUAAGUGUCCAGAGCAUGCUGAAUAUGCUUUGUACUCUCCCCAUCCUGUCCACAGGGCCCCUGCUAUCAGACGAUUGCGUGUUUUACUGUAUGUCGUCCAGAUACUUCAUCUGUCAGAUUUUGUUCCAGCACUACAGACAUGAUAUCACAAGCGUGUCAGCUAUUACAUCCACAUGUUGAACCGCUAUGUGAAAACAUAGCACAUGACAGGUUAUAAAAAUGCUCAACCCUGGAGAAUUGUGCAUUUAUGAUGGAUGAAUGUUUGUAUGUUUGUUUUAUUUAUUUAUUUGAUAGAAGGUCCGUGCAUGAGAUUAGAUGGUAUCAAUCAAAGCUAUUGCCAUUGGGGGAACAUUUUUGUGUUCCUUUGAAUGUUCUGGAAGAAGAACAAAAACCAAUGGCAAUGCCUAGAGCUCUGAAAAAUGAAAUAUUUAUCCAUUACAAGUCAAAAGCCAAGUAUCCAGAAAUAAAGUAACAUGCUUCUCUCUCCAUUUCAAAUAAGUUUUAACAUUCGAUGGCUUAAAAGCUUUGUCUAUUCUAAAAUAUAAACUUACAAUCAGUGUUGAGUUCUACGGCUUUUUGUUCAUACAAAAAAAAAAAAAAGUAAAUUAUGAUUGCUUUAUUACUCACUAUGGAGCUUUAUAGAUUUUUUUUAAAGCUUUUUUGAUGAAGAGGCUGUUAAAGUGACGUAAUUACAGUGAUAAAAUUAAAUGCAACUGAAUUUAAAGGCGGAAGGUUUAAAGUCAUAGUUAUUGCCAAAUGACAAUGAAAUGUAAAGAAACGCUCAAGGUAGAUUUAUAAUAAGUGUGUGUUUAGUUUACUGGAUAUCCGUGAAUAUCGCUCGCACCUGUGUGUCCACGUCAGACUUUUUCCUUCGGAAUGAGAUGCAUUUUUCUUUCUGUCUUCACUGAUGUAGCAUUGAGUUACAGACCUAAAUAUGCAGGGCAUUUAUGAAUCAUUACAGACGUUUUUGGACUCCUCAGAGACUUUCGGGGUCUGGAUUUCUCAUCUCAGGCCUGGGGUGGAGGACAUAGGAUGUAACAUUUAAAUACCUCACUAAACGACAACGUGAGAUGCGAUUUGAUUCAAGAGAGCUGAACUAACUCCCCUCUUUACAAACUAUACCAGGUUUAAAAUGCCAGCGAAAUGUAUAGAAACCCCGCAGAGGCCACUUCACCGUUCGAAUGCAAAUUGAUCCCAUGCCUUGUCCGACAAAGAACGUCCGCAAAACAUGAAACAGGUUAAUGAAAUGAUUAUGCUAAAACUAAAAACUUGAAAUCUGGCAGUGCCUACACGGUUAGUCAAGAAUAGUGAAUUACCUAUAAGUAGCAUUCAGCUGGGGAUUUUAUUGGCCCGUUUCUAAACAAAGUGUUUUCAUAUGUUCUGAAUCAUAAUGGUGUACAAGAGAUUUAUAUUUUUGCUUUUAAUAUCA